AUGGGCAAAGUCGAGGCGACGACGCUCGCGAGCGUGCCGACGCACCCAGCCAUCGUGCGAAUCUACGCCGCGUUUUUGGAAAAGUCGAGAAAUGAGAGCUAUUUGUUGCUCAGCGCCGCGGGGAAGGACGCGCACACGAUGCGAGAAAACGGUGAAUUGACCCCGCGCGACGUUCGUUCGGCGCUUCGGCGCGUCUUGCACGGCGUGCGCCACUGCCACUCGCACGGCGUCGUACAUCGCGACAUCAAAGCCGGCAACGUGCUGUUGAGUCCGACUCCCGCGAACGCGCGAGUGAAAACGAAAUAUCGCGCGACUUUGAUCGAUUUCGGCGUCGCCAAGCAGGCGAUUCUGGCGGACCAGUCGCACUGCUCGAUGUACGGGACGCCGGGGUACCAAGCGCCGGAGAUGUUGCUCGGGGACAUGUCGGGCAAAGUCGACAUGGACGAGUACGCC